GCUUCUCUAAUGAGGCCUCGGGGCAGGAGCGACGACAGAUACAGCCGGAGCUUCAAUCGCAGCAGAGUCGCUAUUCACACGGUUCUACUCACAGUUCCACUCACACAGUGAUACACACGGUUCUACACUGGUACAGCCUGGAGGAGGGGAGGAGCUUAUUAUAGUCUUUUAUUUUAUAUUUAUACUCUUCAUAUUAUACAAACAAUUCACUUCUAUAUAAAUAAAUAUAAAUACAAUUCUCUCUCUGCUGCUGGAGACUUACUCAUAUUUAUACUCAUAUUUAACUACUUCUUGUCUGGAGACUGGAAUAGAAAACAUGGGAGAGGUUACUCGUCAAGUUAUGACACAGUUUUGGGAGGAACAUUCUCAAAAUGCCACAGUGGAAGAGAUGAUGUUGGACUCCAGUGCUGAGCUCUUAUCCCUUGAAGAGAAGCCUGAAAUCAUCCUAUUAUUGCCCUGCUUGGAUGGGCUCUCUGUGUUGGAGUUGGGGGCUGGGAUGGGCCGUUACACGGGGCAUCUCGCUAAGCUCGCCAGCCAUGUGACUGCGGUGGACUUCAUGCCCAAUUUUAUAGAAAAGAAUCGCGAGGAUAACGGUUUCCGUGGUAACAUCACCUUCUUGCAAGCUGAUGUCACUAACCUUGACCUGCCCAAAGAAAGUUUUGACUUCAUUUUUUCCAACUGGCUCUUCAUGUACCUGACAGACGCAGAGUUGGUAGCCCUCACACAAAAGUUGUUGGCAUGGCUCAAACCAGGAGGCUAUCUGUUCUUUAGAGAGUCCUGCUUCUUCCAGUCCGGGGACAAAGAGAGAACAUUUAACCCCACAGUAUACCGCACCCCAGCUCAGUAUAAUCUCCUCCUGACAUCUGCUACAUCCGUUUCAGGAGACUCUGGUUUUGAGAUUGUGAUGUCGAGAUCUGUACAGACGUAUAUAAAGAUAAAGAAAAAUCAGAACCAGGUGUGCUGGUUGCUUCAGAGGGUCCCGCGAGUUCCAGAUGGCCAUAAGGGCUACAACACGUUCCAGCAGUUUCUGGAUAAUCAGCAGUACUCCCGAAGAGGAAUCCUCAGAUAUGAGAAGAUAUUUGGGGAGGGAUUUGUGAGCACGGGAGGACUGGAAACCACUAAGGAAUUCAUCUCCAUGCUGAACCUGCGUCCGGGACAGCGUGUCAUUGAUGUGGGUUGUGGCAUCGGUGGAGGAGACUUCUAUAUGGCCAAGACAUAUGGGGUGGAAGUCCUUGGCAUGGACCUGUCGUCUAACAUGGUGGAGAUCGCCAUGGAAAGAGCCUUCACAGAGAAGACUCCUCUGGUACAGUUUGAAAUUGGGGAUGCCACAAGAAGGUGUUUUUCAGAGGGUUCAUUUGAUGUGGUGUACAGCAGAGACACUAUUCUCCAUAUCAACGAUAAAGAGGCCCUUUUCAGAAGAUUCUAUUCCUGGAUAAAACCUGGUGGGAAACUACUGAUCACAGACUACUGCUGCGGAGAAAGACCCUGGGCUCCAGUUUUCCAGGAAUAUGUAAAGCAGAGAGGUUAUAUUCUCUAUACACCUCAGGAGUAUGGACAGUUCCUUGAGAAGGCUGGUUUUGUGAAUGUUCAAGCUCAGGACCGAACAGAGCAGUUUGUGAACGUUCUAAAUACAGAACUUAGUCGAACUCGGGAUAUCAAGCAGCAAUUCAUUGAGAAUUUCUCAGAAGAAGAUUACAAGUACAUUAUUGAUGGCUGGAAAGAAAAGCAACAUCGUUGUAGUUUAGGAGACCAGCGCUGGGGCCUGUUCUAUGCAGAAAAGCCUCUGGAAAUCCUUUCCUAACUGCACUACCUCCUGUUUAGUUCUUUGUGCUCAAACCACUGAAUUGCUGUCACUAAAUACAGGUGGUUCCUGUGUGUUCUCUUAUUCUGGCCUGUAAUACUCACUGGAUUCUCUUUAUUCAUUCAAUAGGCUGCACAAAUAAUACAGUUCUCACAACUACAUUCAAAAACAUUUUUGGAAACCAGAUUUAAAACCGCAAUUUCCAUGUUCUACAUUACAAUAUAAAUACAUUUUGUUCAUAUGGACACUAGGGUUGUAAUAAUGUAGAAAUCCAGUGCAAUAUCUAUUACAAGAAUAGAAGUGACAUGAUUUCUGUGCAUUUAUUUGGGGGUUUCUGCAUGGAUAUCUAUUUAGGCAAAUGAUAUGGUGAUUCAAAAAUGUCUAUUUUCAUAGAAUACCCUAAAUACUCCAGUAUGUAGAUGGAUGCUUAUCAGCAUAACCCAAUAGGAAAGCUUCAGUUGUCAUUUUUAAUGUAUUUUCUGGCUUUUUGAAUUAUUUUAAAGUCCCUAAACGAAUCAUCCCCACAUAUAUUCAAACUCACGGUAUUAGCAGCCAUUAAUAAAAUAAAUCUGUAUA